AUGGCAGAGUCCUCAACCAAUGGCCGGGAUGCCAUCGAGCAUCUUGACGAGCACACAGUGCUUAUUGCGGGAGGCGGCCCUGUUGGUCUCAUGGUAGCUACUGUGUUGGCUCACUAUGGCGUCCGCUCUGUAAUCCUUGAGCGUAACAAUUCGACCACGAAAUGGCCAAAGAUGGACCUGACCAACGGCAGAUCCAUGGAGCUACUGGCCAGACUAGGACUAGCUGAGGAAGUUAGGAAUCUUGGUGUACCCGAGACAACGCCUUCCAACGUCUACAUGACCACCGGCCUCCACAACUCUAAGCCCAUUACCAGCUGGGAAUAUCCCUCCGUGCGCGAGCUCCGAGCUCAGUUCCGAGACGACAACAACGGCACCAGCCCCUCAGAGCCUUGGCAAAGAAUAUCACAGGAGUUGUUUGAGAAACUACUCAAGAGCCGAUGUGAUGAGAACGACUUGGUGGAUUGCCGAUUCGGCUGGAAGGUUGAUGCGUGCAAAGAGACCGAAGAUUUCGUGUCUAUCGAUGUUACCCACACCGAAACCAAGCAGAAAAAAAGGAUCCAGGCAAAGUUUCUAGUAGGCUGCGACGGAGCAUCAAGCCGAACGAGACGCGAUCUAGAAAUUCCCCUUGAUGGUGGACCACUACCAGGGUACACUCUACUUGUCCACUUUAAGUCUCGGGAUCUUGGCAAGCUUUUCAAGUUUGGACGCUUCUGGCACCUGUUCAUUUUCAACGACUCUGGUCUCCGUGCUGCCGCAAUCUGCCAAGAUGACAAAGACACAUUCACGACCCAUCUCCUUCUGCCUCUGGAAGCAGAUCACGAAUCAAUCGACUCGCACGACGCCAUUUAUCAGGCUCUCGGUGGUGUUGGAGCUCCUUACAAGAUUGCAGUGGAUGAGAUUCUAGUCAGAUCUACCUAUAGACACAGCAUUGCAGUGGCACGGACGUACAGAAGUGAUCUUGGCAAGGUCUUCUUGGCAGGGGACUCGGCACAUCAAAACAUUCCGACCGGCGGGUAUGGUAUGAACACUGGCAUUGGAGAUGCUUACGACAUUGCAUGGAAGCUCGCCGCCGUGAUCAAGCAGAAUGCCGGGCCGGCAUUGCUUGACUCGUAUGAGGAGGAAAGACGUCCUGUUGCUCUCAGCUCGAUCGAGCGCUCGGGGGUGCAUAUGCAAGCGCAUAUUGCCAUGUCUGAGAUCCUCGGCGGCAACGCAGCGCUCGUGGAAGAGGAUUCCGCAGAAGGACGACGCCUUCAGCAGAGCAUCGACCAACAUUACAAGAUGCACAACGGAGAGAAUAUCGACCUCGGCGUCGAAAUGGACUACCGUCACAAGUCUGGUGUCUAUCCUCAUCCCAGUCAGCAGGAUGGCGAGGCGCCGCCAUGGGACCCAUCUCGAUACGUUCCCAGUACGUUCCCUGGUUCACGGGCUCCUCAUGUGUUCCUGCAGGACGGGUCGUCUAUUUUCGACCAUUAUGGGCCACUCUGGACCUUGGUACAGUUUGUCGACGUGGGCAAUGAGGGUGCACCCCGAUCACUGCUCGCAAGCGCAGGAGAUGCUGGAAUGCAACUAAAACAUGUCGUGCUCCGUGGCGAAGACCAUGCACGCAAGUUGUGGGAGUACCCGUUGGUCCUUGUUCGCCCCGAUGGACAUGUGGUCUGGCGCGGUCGGCAAGCUCCAGAUGAAGCGAUGGCCAAGCAAAUUGUAAAGAUAGCCACUGGCUGGGAGAAACAGACAAGAUCUGACAGCAAGAAAGAGCCCCUGUCCACCAAAUUCACCGCCACCAUGAAGGCAGACAGCCAGGUUCACGAAUACAAGCUCGAACAGAUGGGAGCUAUGCAGUUGUAA